UCUAUGAGCUCGGAGGAGUUCUCAUUCUUGAAGACAUAAAAAUAAAAGUCAAAUAAUACCAAAUUUACUAUGAUGUGUAUGGUCUACAGGGACUAAUUGAGCUAAAGCUUCCCCGCGCGUUGAUGUCGAAGGCGCCACUACUUCUGCCGGUUACAUCGGUUAUAUGGAUCACGGUGUCUAAUGACAUUCGACAAUGUUCGAAUCCACAGAAGAACAUUAUAUCUUCAAGAUAGCAACCCACACAGCUGCCUCCCUGUAUAUUCUCAAUUGGAGUUUCGUAGAUCCUAGGUAGUAGAGAUGGCUGCGCCAAUUAUACGCAGGGCGCUCAUGUACGUCCCAAGCUCUUCAAAGCGCAUGCUAGAGAAGUCCCGGUCAAUGACCGUCGACACAGUCACAUACGAUCUCGAAGACUCCGUAGCGCCGGGCAAGAAGGUGGAAGCCCGCAACAACCUCAAGGACAUCCUCUCGCAACCCCGCCCGUCCACCAUCCGCGAGACAUGUGUUCGCAUAAACAGCGUCGACAGCGGCCUAGCCCUCGACGACCUCACUGAGAUCCUCAAGGGAGAGCACCUCGACGCCAUCAUGCUGCCAAAGUGCCAGAGCGCGGCCGAUUUGCACUUCGUGACGGAUGUCAUCCGACACACACUACCAGACCGUCACGCCUCGAAUACCCAGGGCGGUGGAAAGAGACCACUUAGUAUCAUUGCGCUCAUCGAGAGCGCAAAGGCGAUCCAGAACCUACCGGAGAUCUGCAGAGCGAGUCCGUACUUGAGCGGAUUGGUGUUUGCGGCCGAAGACUUCGCUUUGGAUAUGUCUCUCACGCGCACACCGUCACUCAAGGAGUUUCUGUAUGCGAGGAGCGCUAUCGCUACUGCCGCGCGAGCUGCAGAACUUCCGUCGACUGUCGAUCUGGUCUGCACGGCCUACAAGGGUGAACAGGGCAUCAAGACUCUCGAAGAGGAGUGUCUGGAUGGGAAGGGGUUGGGCUUCAAUGGAAAGCAAUGUAUACAUCCAAGUCAAAUUGAGGUUUGUCACAGGACCUUUUCUCCGGGAAAGGCGGAGGUGGAAUGGGCGGCGAGGGUGGCUAUUGGAGAUGAGAAAGCAGAUAGGGCAGGGAGGGGUGCCUGGACGCUGGAGGGGAAGAUGAUAGACAAACCUGUGGUUGGGAAGUCGCAUGCUGUCCUGAAGCGGGCGGAGGAGUGCGGAAUUGAUGUCGCUGCUGUUCGAGAGAAAUGGAAGGAUCAAGAGCCCGAAUAGACUAGUUCACUUGCCCAAGAACUCGUAAUGCACGACGAUGACAACGAAUGGCACGGUUUUCUUGAUGGAGCCAUGAUGAUGUACGUAUCGAUUAAUCUAUGUACAGCUCAAUUUAUUGAUGCUGGCAUAUGUCAAUACCCUCUCUUCCGAUCAAUCAAGUUGCAUAGCGGUACUCCAUCCCUAUCCCUCCUCAGAUUCUCAUGCAAUACUUGGAAAGCCCGAUCAGCGUAUGCGACACUACUGCCACUGAUAUGCGGCGUGAUGAGCACAUUGGGUGCAUCCCACAAUGGGUCGUCUUUGGGCAAGGGCUCAGGAUCAGUCACGUCGAGGGCUGCACCUCGGAUCUGUUUGGUUUCGAGUGCUUUGAUGAGAUCUGGCUGGUUGAUAAUGCCGCCUCGAGAAA